GAGAGAGGGAAAGAAAUAACGUCGCUCAGGAUACUGGCUCGACAGCGGCAUCCAUGAUUUCGCUCAAUCCCGUACAUACGUUCGAUGCACUCAAGCGGCAGGCCGCUCGAGUCCUUGCGAGUGUGGCACUUUUCGUGCAGUGACAAUACGACCAUCACGCAAGCAGCCGACUCGUUCCGGAUCGUCGCACGGUUUAAGCGUCGCGCCAUCUGACUGCGCUCCACUAUACCUCCUCCGUAUUUUUUUUUUCUGUGGGACUGUGUGCUUCUGCAAAUCUUUUGAGGUCUUGCUGAGGGCUUCUGAGACUGUGCUAAAUCUUAGAAAGUAGAAAGAAACGUCUCUGAAAUCUUGCGAUUCGACGGACCUUUUUUGUCUACUUAAAGCCGGACAAACAAGCAAGAUGGCUGUGAUGGAGGAGGGUAUGACUUCUAGUUCUGAUCACAGGUCUUCGCCGGACGAAGAACGAAGCAGCACAGAGGACGCCGCCCGCUCUGCCAGCAACGACAGAACCAUGACGGUAGCGGUCAUUACGAAAGACGGCCUGGCGAUCGGAGCGCUGGACAACGGGACCGGCAACAACGUGAAACACGGCGACAGACGAGCGAGCGACGCCAGCAGCCGCGGCGGCGAAGGUUGUUCGGUGCAGUGCCGCUAUGUGCUCAUCGUGCUGGGCUUCCUGGGCCUGGCCAACGUGUACGGCAUGCGAGUCAAUCUCAACGUGGCGCUCGUCGCCAUGGUCAACCACACGGCUGUCCAGGAGACGACCAAGCCCAGCGACUGUCCGCUGCCAACGAUUCACCUGCACGGCGCACCGCAGACGCCGGCCAACGCAACCGGCCACGGAACAAAAUCAGGACAAGAGGACGGCCCGUUCGUGUGGGACCCGGUGACGCAGGGCGUCAUCCUGGGCGCCUUCUACUACGGCUACAUCGUGACGCCCAUUCCCGGCGGCCGGCUGGCCGAGCGUUGCGGUGCCAAGUGGCUGUUCGGACUGGGCACGCUGUUCACCGGGCUGCUGUCCCUGCUCAUCCCGGUGGCGGCACACGCUGGCGUCUCAUACCUGAUAGCGGUCAGGGUUCUCCAGGGCAUCGGAGAGGGCGUCACGUAUCCGGCCAUCGAGGCCCAAGUGGCGCAUUGGAUCCCAGUCAACCAGCGGGCCACCGCCGUCUCUCUCAUACACACGGGUGGUUUCUUCGGAGUCGCCAUGGGAAUGUACAUCUCCGGGCUGCUGGCCGGCUCGAGCUUCAUGGGAGGGUGGCCUUCUGUCUUCUACGUGUUCGGCUUGUGGACGUGCGUGUGGUUCGUGUUUUGGAUGUUGCUGACUUCGAACCGACCAUCUGACCACCGGUGGGCCACCUCCAGGGAGGUGCACAUGAUCGAGGCCGACCUCGGUGACCAGAUGCCCACGCUUGCUCGCGAGACCCCGUGGAGGAAGAUGUUUACCUCGACAGCAGUGCUGGGCGUAGUGAUGGCUCACUUCGGCACCCACUGGCUGCAGUACGUGCUAGUAAGCGAGCUGCCCACGUACCUGGGAACUGUGCUGCACUACGAAAUUGACGAUAAUGGCCUGUACUCUGCACUUCCGUACAUCGGCGCCAUCGUGUCCGGAGCCAUGUCGGGCAUCAUCGCCGACUACCUGCGUAGCCGAGCUCAGAUGUCGCCGACGCACAUUCGGAAGCUAUUCAACGGACUCGCGCACCUGGUUCCCUCGAUAAUGCUGAUGAUCGUGCCAGCGGUGGGUGGCUGCAACGGGCCACUCAGCCUGGUGCUGUUCGUGUUGGCCGGAACUGUGCGUGGAGUCAGCGAAGCCGGCUACAUGGCCAUCCCCGUCGACAUGGCACCGGAUUACGCAGGGACGAUCCUGGGCAUUUGCGUCAGCAUCGGCAACACCACCGGCAUCCUGGUGCCAUACAUCACCGGUGUUCUGACAGAGACUAAGAACACCCUAGAGCAGUGGAGCUACUCCUUCUACCUGGCCGGCAUCGUGGGCCUGGUGACGGGACUGUUCUUCCAGCUGUUCGCCUCGGCCGAAGUGCAGAGUUGGGGCCUCGCCGAAACGACGACGGCAAACAAGCCCUUGGCAUUCGCCAACGAAAAGACGGCGCUGAAAACUUGCAAGGAAGCAAAGCUGACGAACAGUAACGGUGCCACCGCACCAAUCACCGAUGGGAAGGAAAUGAGGACUGAGCUGUGAUACACGAACGCAUCCUUGUUCGCCUGAGCAGUGAACCUUCCAGGAGAAAGCAAGGCCUUGACAUGGCCGAGUUUCGCACUAUACGCUGCUGUUUGCCAAAUGAAAGCCCAAAGCCACGCACCAACGAGGUCGUCGCAUCGUCUCCUUUCGGAAGCAGCUAUUAAUGACGACGUUGUUUCGCGUGAAACCGUGAACGCGAGAAUGCUGCAGACUGUGUGCGCAUCGAAGUGCGGAAGAUACCUUCACGCGUUUCCAGAACGAAGUGACAGUCGGAUUGUCUUGUCGUUAGACAAGACAAUCCAACGCGAACCGUUGCCUGCUCCGUGGUAAAUGUGGCCUCCUGUUCCUGUUCAGUAUCUGUAUUGUGACGUGCUGUGCUGUGAUGCAAGACGAUGCGAAAGUUUGUUGAGCGUGCGUGUGCGCGUUGCAAGCAAGGGCAGUGUUGUUCUCACUUGCCUUAUACACAUGCAUCAAGUGAAUAUUGUCGGAUACUAACGCGCAAACGCUUUGUACGUAAACUGCGGCGUAUUCUGCAGUGGCCUUGCGGUGAACUAUUCGUCAUCAUCGGUCAUUCUCAACAUUCAUUUUCUGCUCUGUGUACUUGUGGUCCCUUCAACUGGGCAGCUCAGUUUAGGUGUAUACAUGUGCUAGAAUACAUAUGUAUGUGUGCCAACGCGCACACACCGAAGCCUACGUUGGCCAAGUCGCGAAAGGUUCAAUGGGCUACGUGCAUAAGUAUUUUCUCGACUGCAGUUUAUGUAUCGGCUGUUGGUUGCGGGGCUGGGAUACCCACGUGGUGCACGUCAUGCCAUAUUGAACAAUUAUGUCUUUACUAGUUUAAUGACGUCUCGGCUUCCACACGGAAGCCUUAGACUUCCGUGUAGAAGCCGAAACGCCAUAAUUCAUGUGCCUGCUGCAAAAAGCGCUACCGGAAGCAAAUCAGGCACACUUUAAAUUCGAGGAUAUUUCAAUUUGACGACUUUAGAGUAUGCCUGAUUUGCCUGUAUGCUGGUUUUUGUGCCAUACAGAAUGAUUUAUUGAAUUACAAGCGUCGCAGCUUAACGAUGUAGGCAUUUGAAACCACGCAGCGUCAACUUUCGUGCGGAAUGCUCAUGUACGUUGCCUGCAAUAAUCAAGGAGCACGUAGUUUAUAAUCAGCCAUGACCCCCUGCCAUGCAGCGGGACUGCUAUCGUAUAUCAAAAUAUAUUUUACACCCUUUUAAAUUUUUAGCUAUAUUGUGAUUUCUCGCCCUGUUACACUGGAGUUGUUUGCCAGUCAUUUCGCGACGCUAACUUUAUCGGCGUUCAUUCAUAGAUGUCCGUAUCCUACUUGGGGCACACGUGUUUAGAAUGCAGGAAGAGAAUUAGGGUACUGUGUACUCUAAUAUGGGAUAGUAUUACGCUGUCCCUUAAUAAGUUAGCUAUAUGCCGUGUACGAAGAGUACAAGAAACAAUAUUGCAGCUAAGUGACUUUGAACUCUAUAAUAAACCACACUGUAAGUGCUACGAAGGUUUCAAGAGUGAAGUGACAACCACAUGGGCGUAUUUGGGGCGUAUCUACAGCGUCGCUGCGCGUCACGGAGUUAGCUUCUGCAGUUACGUCAUCCGGCAGACAGUUCCUGUUUACGCGUACAUAUCGUCUCUUAAUUGUAAUUCAAGAAAACGAACGUACAUAUAUAUCCGUUGCAUCGCAGUAAGGUAUACCCAGCUGCGUACAUUAUUCGGGCGAUACGACCAGAAGUUCACACUUGCGCCUUAGAAUUCCACCGAGAAUUUCUCGUGGAAAUCGUCAUGCUUAUAACUUUACGCACUGUUGAUUUCCCACAUCAUAGUUAAGACAUACGAAGCGACUGUCACGGAAAGCGACGGUAUAUGAACCUAUUAACCACGGAGUGAAGGGCGUCCGCCGCUGUGGUAUAGUGGUUACGGUGCUCGACUGCUGACUCGAAGGUCGCGGGUUCGAUCCCGACCGCGAAAAUUGCAUUCCGAUGGAGGCUCAAUGCUAGAGGCCCGUGUAAAGUGCGAUGUCAGUGCACAUUAAAGAAUACCAGAUGGGCGAAAUUUCCGGAUCCCUUCACCACGGCGUGGUUCAUAAUCAUACAUCGUGGUUUUGUCACGUAAAACCCUGCAAAUUAUUAUUGAAGCGCGGAUGAACACAGGACUUGUACAUCAAUGCGCCGUAGUAGCUCAGAAGUGAAUAUGUUGCGCUGGUGCGCUCGAGGACGCGGGCUCAAUUCCCAGUCACGUAAGUCGCAUUUCGAUGAAGGCAAAAUGCAAAAACACCCGUGUGCUUACAUUUAUGUGCACCGUGCACGUUAAAGAACACCGUGCGGACAAAACUGAUCCGGAGUCUCCCGCAAUACGACGUGCCUCGUAUUCAUGUCGUGGUUUUGACCCGUGAAACCUAAUAAUCUUUGUUUCCCCCUUUCAUUCUUUUACAGCGCACUGCGUCCAUGUACUAGCUACAAAAACAAUCACAUGGUGGAAGUUCUAGGCAUACAGAGGAUGCAUGAGUAACUCUAGCUCCACGCGUUAAUUUACAAUACGCAAAGACCGCAGUAUCCUGUACAACGCGUUAAUGAUCAAAAACUGUAUUGGUCGCAUAACUAGCGAAGUGAUACAUUUAUAUGACCGCACUAGCUGCAAAGCUUGUGCUGUGUUAGUCGAUGCUACAUGUCGUGACUUAUUGCCACGACGGCUGUAUCUGCAUUAUGUACGCUGCUUCAUUCGUUCGCACGACCUCGAUUUUCUUUAUUUGUUUUUUUUCGUACAGCAUGCUUUACAGUUACUGUGUACGAGCCUUUCGUGCCAAAAAUAUACUUCAACGGUUUUAAGAAGGGUUUUGCAUAAAGAUAUCCGAACCAAUGUGCACGCGUAUCUGCUAUAUUUGGAGAAUGAGCAAUUCAUAUAUUUUUUUUUUUUUGUUGGUAAACAUGUUUCACACCAUCUGCCGCAUGUUUCCAUCACCAGUCCCGUCCUAGAUGUAUAUUUCCAUUGAUAAAACUAAAUACCAAUAAGAAUAUGAUUGUUCCCUUGGUGGUAUGCAACGAUUGCGCAGUAAACAUCAAACCAAAUAGUUAUUUUCUGUCCCUGCUUGAAUGA